CAAUACAUUAAAACAGGUUGCACCAGACAAACGAGUUGUUAAGAAGUAAAAGAGGUUCGGUGCAAUGGGGCCAACGCGUCUGACUAUUUAGUCACAUGGCUGUUUUGAAGAUGCAUUGCACAAAAUGAACCCUAUUUACCCCAAAUCACAAAAUGCAAUGCUAGAAAUUUAGAAUAGCAUAUCGAGAGAUUACCAACUGCAUAAAUGCUACUAUCGUAGACCCAUAUUUCUCCAUGUUGUUUGCCGUCAUGUUCAGUUGGGAUUACUUGGCACGUCGUCGUCAUCCUUUACUUGAAUAGUCUUGUUUUGGUUGAGACUGUUCUCAAGUGUUAAGUGAUAAGAUAAGUGAUAAGAGCUCGUCAAAUUCUCUAAAUGCUAAGGAAAUCUCAUAUCUCUUGUUGGGAGAUAAUACCAUCCCACAACAUUUAAAGCAGCGCACCAUUCAGACGUCAAUAACAGCCGCCGCUCUUGGUGAAACUGCACUUUACGGAUGAACCUCCUUCCUGUGAGGUGUGAUUCCGAUGUAAACAACGAAAGGUCUUUACUAUUUGACCGCAGCCCCAGAUCGGCCUGAGAUCGUCGCUGAACCAUCUCCCGUGUUCAGCGUCUGACUUCCCCUACUUAGGACUUGUGUUUCUGAUGAAGACGUUGACUUGUACAAUAUAAUUAUAGUUUCAUUUUUUUAUUAGAAAAGGCUCAGUUGUCCCUCAAACAGCUGGCUGUAGUCAGCAGUAAUCAUCAUCAUCAUCAUCAAUCAUCACUCUAACAGAAGCAAAUACUGCAUUUCUUGAAUGUUUUUCAGCAGAUACCCGUUGAGUGUUUUUCUCAGUUUGACAACAGCUUUGUUGGGCUUGACUCAAAAUAAGCUGCAGUCACCAUGUUCACUUGUCAGUGCACCAACAUCUUUUUUUAAACUUUGUCACCUCAACACCUUUAUUCACAUUUCCUCUUGCUGUGUCUCUUCCUCAUCAGUCUUCGGUUAGUUUUCAUCAGCCGGUUUCUUUUGAACUCGACCUCGAUGGUUAUUUUGUAACAAGUGUUUCAACUGUAGUGUGUCGACAUUUUCAGAAGAAUUUUUCAGCAACGUCGCACGCUCUUCCUCUCUGUUGUUCCUCUGGCUCUGUUUUCCACUAGAUCAAUACGACGCCGUGAUUAGUAUAUUCUCUGCAACAUCUCCAUCUACAAUCUACACCAAAACAAAAUUUGUGAAAGAUUGAAGAGAAAUUCAAAUGUUUUAGCAGUAGUGCUGAUUUCGGGGUGCUGCGAGUGCAGCGUUUGGGUUUGUGUGUGAGGAAGUGCUGUGGUUUUCAGAUAAAACGCUUCCUCGUCCUUCGCUGCGCUCAUCGUCUCACCGACCAGCAGAGAACAUCGACGUCUUAUAUUCCACCUCCGCGUGCACUACCUCGCAUGUGAGACACUGACCUCACGUUGUGUGAUAAGGCUUUUAUCGCAAGUUUGUGAUGUUCAGAAGGAUGUAAAAAUCUGAUGACCUUGAUUUACGGCUGUUGAGCAGUUGUUCCUAUCAAUUGGGGGAUGCCUCGUUCUUUCUUGGUGAAGCGAGGGGGGCUGCACCACGUAGGGAAAAAGACAGGACCCCGGGAUACUUCCCUGCAGUACUCCACAUCAGAAACACCAGAUAAUCAUGCCGUGCCCAACGCCUUACUACAACCCCACCUUCCUGCUGCCAGCCCUGACCACAGUCAGGCAUGCAGCCGCAAAUACUAUGGCUGUACUUCUGCUCAGCCAUGCAGUGGUGUCAUUGCGAAUACCUUUGGCCUUGUGGAGAAGGUUGAGUCCCGCCCUCCCCCACCAGCGUUAUGGUCCAGACCUCAUGUGAUCUCAGGAUAUCCAGACAAACUGGGACUGGAAGACUUGACAAAGCACAAUUACAUCCUGAGGAAGACCAGGAACAGCGGCUGCUUGAAGAUCGGCGCUGCGAGCCAGGCGUGUCCACUCUGUAGCAAAAUAUUUUCAUGUCCGUCAAAUUUGAAGACCCACAUAUGCACAAAUCAUGGCGGCAGAUCAUCGGCACACAUCAAGUCUAGCAGGACAGAUACUGAGUGGUCACCAUGCAGGGGCAAGGAGAGGACGUUUGACUGCACCGUGUGCGGGAAAGUGUUCAAGCGCUCCUCCACCCUCUCCACUCACCUGCUCAUACAUUCGGACACGAGGCCCUACCCCUGCCAGUACUGCGGGAAAAGGUUCCACCAGAAGUCUGACAUGAAGAAACACACUUUCAUACACACCGGCGAGAAGCCCCACGUGUGUCAGAUAUGUGGAAAGGCCUUCAGCCAGAGCUCCAACCUCAUCACCCACAGCCGCAAACACAGGGGCGACCGGCCCUACCCCUGUCCUCGCUGCCCCUUCAGCUUUCAGCAGAAAGUGGACCUCCGGCAGCACCAGGAGCAGCACUGCACCUACCACUGACCCACCCAGCUGAAAAACAUCAUUCCGAACAUCAUCCAUCAGUCCACAGGUAGCAUUGUCUCCUCUGGGUGGCAGUCUCUCACCGUUAAAGAGAGAAAUCCAAAAAAGAACAGUGACAAACGUGUGUGUCUUCCUCACAAUAUAUUGUUGCAGUCAUACAGUCGAUGUGUAUUAUGUCCUGCGUAGCUGUUUUCUUGUGGCACCUACAGUUUCCAUCCUUAUGAUGUCACCAUAACCUGAGAAGUAUCUGUUUGGUUUAUGAGACUUGUUAGCAUCCACGUUUCUACCAACCGUUUUGUGAAUUGUAUUUCAUAAAUUUGAAAGUUAUUAUACACGUAGCGCUGCAACAUAUAUGACAUAAUAUUGAACAUGUAACCUUUUGUGUCAUAACCCCCAAAACUCAUCUAACUACAAAAGCACCAUGCAUGAACACAAAUGUUGUGUUUAACUAUUCCACAAAUAGAAUGAUGGAGCAGAGUUUUAAAAUAUGGCAAGAAGUUCUAAUAAAGCGAUAAACAUAAUCA